GUUCGGGUACGAUUGCGGUACAGAAACAUAGGAGGAGAAACAACAUUGACCUCACCGGGUAGUAUUGGUUUGUCGGAAGUGACUCGUCCUGUUAAGAAGCUUUUAUAUUUUACAGUUCACUUACUGAUGGUCACUAUUUUAUGACACCUGGGUUUGCAAAUAAGAUGAAAGGAAGAUCCUGCUGUUGAAUCUUGGCCCCAGUCACCUGCGAGCAUCACUUGGUCUCAACAUUUGGGGACUUUCCAUAAACCAUCCCUCUCCUAGGAGUGUGUCGCCAGUGCUGGCUUCCGUACAUCUCGGCCUUCACACUAGAGAACCAGCGGGACACUCACACACAAACAGACACACACACACACACACACACACUCCUGAAAGGAGCUGAGCUGAGUGCCGUGUAGUGGCAAACACACACGUGCACACACACACACACACACACACACACAAACACACCCCUGCAACAAACGGCUGCAGCAGAGGCAGCACCCCAACCCUGCAGCCACCAUGGUGCUGUCGCAGAGACAACGUGAUGAACUAAAUCGAGCGAUAGCUGAUUACCUCCGGUCCAACGGCCUUGAAGAAGCAUACUCAGUUUUUAAGAAAGAGGCAGAGCUAGAUAUGAAUGAAGAAUUAGAUAAGAAAUAUGCAGGCCUUUUGGAAAAGAAAUGGACCUCCGUCAUCAGAUUACAAAAAAAAGUUAUGGAACUGGAGUCCAAGCUGAGCGAGGCAAAGGAAGAGAUCACCCUAGGAGGUCCCAUCGCGCAGAAGAGGGACCCCAAAGAGUGGAUCCCUCGGCCCCCGGAGAAGUACGCCCUGAGUGGCCACAGGAGCCCCGUCACACGCGUAAUAUUCCACCCACUCUUCAGUGUCAUGGUGUCCGCCUCAGAAGAUGCCACUAUUAAGGUGUGGGACUAUGAGGCAGGAGACUUUGAGCGCACCCUGAAAGGCCACACAGACUCUGUGCAGGACAUCUCCUUCGACCAAUCGGGAAAGCUGCUGGCCUCGUGCUCCGCAGACAUGACCAUCAAGCUCUGGGACUUCCAGGGCUUCGAGUGCAUCAGGACCAUGCAUGGCCAUGACCACAACGUGUCGUCAGUCGCCAUCAUGCCCAAUGGUGAUACAAUAAUCUCUGCACGCCAGAGACACAUGACCAAUGAAGACUGUGGGACGAGGUGGCCACUGGGCCUACGUUAUACAUAA